UGUACAUGCUCAUAAAGUAAUCUCAGCAGAACACACUUAGUCAUUGGAAAACGGCCUCUGGCACCUUUCCAUGCCACCGGCUUUGACUGCUCUUCUGUCUGUAGAUUAAUGGCUGUCUCUGUCCGUUUACAUAUAUACACGCCGGGUGCCUGCGGAGGAGGCGGGCAGCUCAGAAGCACACCGAAGUGUUUCAUCCUUACCCUUUGCUCUCCACGCUUGCAGAUAAGCUGGUUCCUCUUGCGGAGAGGGGAGGUGGAUAGGUGCACAUGGCUGGGUUGCAAAGAUCGGCGACGACUUUCAGAAGGUCCGGUUCGUCGGGGCUGGUCUGGGACGAGCGUUUCCUGACCGAGGCCGACGCCGAGGCGAAGGCCGGCGGCGAUGGUGCAGCGGAGGAGCCCCGGCCGGAGCUGCGACAUUCCCGGAGCGUCGGGAGCAUUAGCAUGUUGCGCUGGGGUGGUGGCAGCGGCGACGGCGACAGCGAAGGCAAGAAGGCGAAGCGGAAGCAGGCUCAGAAGGAGGAGGCGCGCAACAACAACCAGCAGGUGUUCCGGACCAAGGACGUAGCCCCGGACGUGGACCCGCCGUCCCCCAGGGUGUCGGGCUGCAUCCUCUGCGCCAUCUUCGGGGGCUCCGGCUCCGGCUCCGGCAAAGGCUCGGCACGCCGCCGAUCCAAGCCCAGGAAGAAGUAACGUCACAGACGCUGUGGUGCGGCUGUUUUACUGUAAAGAUUAACUCUUGGAUGUGAGCAGGUUUAUACUUGAGAGUCAUAUGAGCUUGCGCUACUCGAUAUACAUGUUUCAGUCAGGUUAGUUCC